CGGCCGCCCCGGCGGAGCCGGAGCCGUGUGUGCGUGGCCGUCGCCGCCCCACGGGCGCGCUGUGGAAGCAGCCGGGGAAUGCCUGGGCUCGGGGGCGAGGCGGCGCCGCGGGCGACAGAGCGGGACCGCCUUCCCCGGCCCUCCUCGAGCAGGUGAGGCGGGGCCCGGCGGCCGCUCGCCUCGCCGCAGGCAUGGCCGCCCCGCCGCCGCCACCGCCGCCCUCAGGAAGAAAAGCUAAAGCACCUCCUCCUCCAUCUGAACCCAAACCCACUGCUGUUUGUCCAUUUGAUGACACAGAAUCAGCCAACCUCAUCAUGGAACAGAAAGAGAAUGUAAUCGAUAAAGACAUUGAACUGUCAGUGGUCCUGCCAGGAGAUGUGAUCAAAUAUACUACAGUUAAUGGGAGGAAACCGAUGAUGGACUUGCUGAUCUUUCUCUGUGCACAGUACCGGUUAAAUCCCUCAAGUUAUACCAUAGAGUUGGUAUCAGCAGAAAAUAGCCAGAUUAAAUUCAAACCUAAUACACCAGUGGGAAUGCUUGAAGUGGAAAAGGUGAUUGUAAAGCCAAAACAAAUGGAUAAGAAGAAACCUGUUCCAGUUAUACCAGAGCAAACAGUAAGGGUAGUGAUAAACUACAAGAAGACACAGAAGACAGUAGUAAGAGUUAGUCCGCAUUCACCCCUUCAAGAACUCAUACCAAUUAUCUGUAGUAAGUGUGAGUUUGAUCCUUCACACACUGUGUUGCUGAAGAAUUACCAGUCUCAAGAAGCCCUUGAUGUGACAAAAUCUCUUAAUGACCUUGGACUAAGAGAAUUAUAUGCCAUGGAUAUCAGUCGAGCCACAUCACCAGUGGAUUUAAACUUACCAUCUUUGCAAGAUGCCUACCAAGUAUCUGAAAACUCAGAUGUUCUAAAAGAGAAAGAAAACAAAGGGUUUUUCAGCUUUUUUCAGCGAAGCAAGAAAAAAAGAGAACAAGCUGCCAGUGCCCCAGCAACUCCAUUAAUGAGCAAGCCAAGGCCAACAUUUAUCACAAGAUCCAACACUGUUAGCAAGCAGUAUGACUCAAACACUUUGCCGUCUGAAAUGCCAAAGAAGCGGAGAGCUCCUUUACCACCUAUGCCAAAUUCUCAGAGUGCCCCCCAGGAACUUGCACAAGCCCAAGCCAGACCAGCAUCUGAUACUGUGAAAUCUAACAGCCUUGAUAAGAAUGAACAGGCCCCUCCAGGAUUAGUAAGAAAAGGUUCUCUGCCACUCAGUGACACAGCUUCUGUGAGCUCUUUACGGAGGAUGAAGCGCAAAGCACCCUCACCACCCUCUAGAACACCAGAAGAUCAAAGUGAAAGCAGUAAUGAGACUGUAACAGAGUCAACAGAAUCAACCCCUACUAAAGUGGAAGAAAGAGCCACUGAAAUGCUGUCUGAAACAGGUGUAAGGACCACAGAAUACAGCCUGGAAGAAAUUGAUGAAAAGGAAGAGAUGAGUGUGCAACAGGGAGAGGAAAGUGAAAGUACGGAUACCUCUCUCAGGACAGGAGAGGUUACUGCAGCCUUCAGCUUUACUGAGGUACAAUUGGAAACUGAAAAAAAUGAUCCUGCUUCAUCAGCUCUUGUUCCUGGCACUGUUUCUGUAGACAACUCACAAAGCUUCAAGGAAGAAAAACAAGAAAAUAUGAGCACAGAUGGCAAAGAACUACAGACUAAGAUAAGCAGUGAGCAAGCUGCAUUUGAGAAAGACAGGAAGCUUAAAAUUUUGGAUCAGAAUAAAAGUCAUGAUUGCAGUGAGACAAAACUCCUUCCAACAAAUGAAGAUGGGAGAGAACAUCAGACAGCAGAAAUUAAAGCAGUAGAUUUUAGAGAAAAUAGCAAGCUUGAAGUUGACAGACUAUCAAACUGCCAGGCAUCUAAAAAUGACAUCUUUGUAAGUCAGAGCAAUUAUACUCAACUGAUUCCAGAAAAGCAAGAUCAGAAAAGAAAGCAAACCAGCAUGGACACAGUAAAAACUCAGGAUGUUGCAAUUCAGACAGGUUCAUCAGUUAGCGAUUUGGGAAGGACUACACAAAAAGAAACGAUGGUUCUUCAAGAUUGUGAAUCAUCCUCAUUCAGAGGACCGGUCCCUCAACAAAAUACAGGUACAAACAGCCCCCUUCUUCGAGUGAUGCAAGGAAUACAAACAGAUAAAGAAAUUGUAACUGAACAAAAUCUUCAGAGACAAGAUGUUACACCUGAAAAAGUAAUUCCCUUAAAAGAUGAAAUUCACAUUUGUACAAAUGGCAGUAAUGUUGCUUCACCAGAAACAGUUGCAAAAACUCCAGAUGGCUCUCCUAUAAAGGGUUACCCUCUUUAUAGACAGGACAUGAAACAUAAACCUAAACCUGCUAAUGAAAUUACAAGAGAUUACAUACCAAAAAUUGGAAUGACUACUUAUAAAAUAGUGCCUCCAAAAUCCUUAGAAAUAAUGAAGAGCUGGGAGUCAGAAGUUGCAUCAGAUUGUAAUGAUCAAGAGGUAUCUACUUCUGACAACUCUCCAAAGCACGAAGACCCCAAAGAAUUCACAAUGCAAGCUGAAAUUCCUAAUUUUCCAAAAAGCGUGGGUCAUUUACAGGCUUGUUCACAAAAUAAACCUGCAGCAGCAAAUGAUCUGCUGCACAGGGUGAACAGCAUGUCUGAACAUGGGGUGACAUCUGGAGCCAAGAUUGCUACUGAGAGCAAUCAAACAGAAACAGAGCCUUCCAAGCAGCCUAUUCCACUGAUGCUCAACGUGGAUAAUACAAAUGCUUCUUCGGAGACUCAGGACAAGUCAAAUGCAUUAAGUCCUACAGCAAAGCCUAAUUCUUUUUUUCUUCAGAUGCAACGAAGAGUUUCAAGUCAUUAUGUGACAUCGGCAAUUGCCAGAAGUACUGUUAGUGCUCCUAAUUCCAUUCCAAAUGAAGUUAAAAAUACAGAGAUUGAAAAAAGAAUCUCAUCACCUGAUGAAACUUCUUUUUCUUUACAUAAAACAAGUAGUUCCUCUCCUCCAGCAGAUGAAGAAAAAGUUGAUGAUGGGAAAAAAAUUGAAUCCUCCACUUCUCCUGUUAAAAGCAAUAAACCGUCAAGUUUUCCCCCCUGCCAGCCAGCAUCAUUGAACCUAAGAACUCUAAGAACUUUUGCAGUUCCAAAGCCAUACUCCAGUUCGAGGCCAUCCCCUUUUGCUCUUGCUGUCUCAUCAGCAGUCAAAAGGUCACAGUCAUUCAACAAGACACGUACAAUCACUAGCCAGGCACCUAGAGAGGAAGUUCCUGUUGAACUCUCAUCUGCCACUUCUGCAGCUGAAUUCUCCUCAGCUACCUCCCUGCCUCAAGUGAAAAACCCUUCCUUACACAGCAUAACUGGAGGGUCACUAAAUAAUCUAAUGGAUAAGAGAAGCAGCAAUGUGAAUAGUGAGCAAAAGAGUCAGGCACAGUCAGGUGCUUCAACUGACCACCCACCUCCUGUCACUACGAGGCAAACUGCGAUGACAGUCCAGCGCUCUGACCCAGAACAGAUCCACCAGAGCUUGCUGGCUGCAAUCCGCUCUGGAGAAGCUGCUGCCAAACUGAAAAGGGUUGGUCCUCCAUCAAACACUAUAGCGGUCAACGGAAGAGCCAAGCUUACUUAUUUGUAUUCCACAGAAGCAAAAGCUAAUCACUAGUUAUUAUACCAAAUAUUUUGCACUUUACUACUGCUUCAUAGGCCAGCUUAAUACUAACUAUAAAUUUUUGAAAGUGUAAAUGCAAGUAUAUGUUAAUAUAUUUUUGUCAAUUGGUAUAGGAAUUUCACACUGGGUCCUUUGAUGCCUUGGAAAAGAUUAUUAGAAUAUGUAAAUUAUGGUAAUAAUUUUAUCUUUAUAAAGCUGAGUAUGGUAAUAAUUUUCUCUUUAUAAAGCUGAUUAUGCUGCUAAAAACUUUUAAGAGGAGGUGUAGAUGAGCUUUGCUUAUGUUGGAAUGAGUGUCAAAAAUUGUUGACUUCAGCCUUCAAGACUGAACAAUAUGUAGCAGUAUGCUGAAUUUACAGAUUUAAAGAAAUCUAAGAAUUUUAGAUAAUUUUGAAUUGUGUAUUACUUUAACAGAUUGUAAGAAUUUAAAUCUACCACAUGCUGCCUCCAUAUUAGUUCAUUAAAUUAAUUUUGUAAUUAGUAGAAAAUUAUAUGCAAUACUUUUGUUUCUCUUAAAAAAAAAGUUUUUGUUCCUUGAGCUGAUGUAGUUGGGAUAAGUAUUUUAAUCUUAAAUCUCCUUCAAUUUUUUCCUAGUAGUAUACAAAAAAAAAAAAGACAAAUUACUGGAAAUUUUUGUACUACUUAAAUUUUUUCUUAACAGUAACACUACAUGAUGUUUCUCAUCUACUCUUUGAGCAACUGUAUAUAAUAUUUACCUAGCACUCAGAUGAACAAAACCUUUUGUGAACUAGAUAUACUUUUAAAUAGACGUCAGCAUAUAGUCACUUACGGAUAAAAUGCAAAUUUCAGUUUUGAUAAUUAAUGAAGUUUAAAAAAAAUCACUGGAAGUAUGACUAAACUUUAGACUUGUUUGUGUAAAAUAUUUUAAUCUUCGAACAGCACAAUAAUACACUUACAAACUAUUCUUGUGUCUCAGAGCCUCUAUUUACAGACUAAGCGUUAAAUACCAAAAUGGGAAUAUAUAUAUAAAGAAAAUGCUUCAUGUUAUAUUUUAUCUAUUUUGCAUUUCUUGUCAAGAUGAUACAUUUUGGGGAGAGGGCGGAAAUGUGAUCACACUCGUGAUGAAAUAGCUAGAUUAUGGAUGUAUGCAGCAAGUGCUGGGGUAUUUGCCAUAUUAAAAUAUUUUCUUGCUAUACUUGAUUUAAAUAAAACAAUUAUAUUUAGUUUCUAUUCUUUAACAAUAUAUUUAUUUUGUACUUUAAAGUCAUUGUGUAACUCAUUUUCUGAAACUGAUCUAUAUGUGCAUUUCAAAGGGUUAUUAAUGGUUUGCUGCCAGUUUUUUGUGCAAUAAUCUCAGAGAGGUCUCAUUACUUUUCUAGUACAGGCUCAAUUAUUGGUUGCUAAUAAAACUGUUAACUUAAUGCUGAAACCCUUCGAAGAACGUUUUAGUAAAUAAAAUUCAUAAAGAGAACUGAUGAGCACUUGUUCGCUGCUGUUCUCUCAUGUUUUCUCUCUUAUAACUUAGUCCCCUGUCAAGGUGUGCUGCCACUGCCUUCUCCUAGUCAAGGGCUGAUUAUAAGGUGGAACAGGGAACCCACAUGGUAGUUCAAAAGAUGUGUUUCAGGGUCUGAUUGCAAAAGAAUGCUUCAUUCCUCACUUGAAAAUGGUGAGAUAGAAGAGGUAGGUUUUUUUUUUUUCCUAACUGGGGCUUGCUUUCUAGAUUUUAUUAUGUCUUGAGCGACAGCCUGGAAAAUUGUAACUCACUCUGAGGAAUCUACUAAGUGUCUGUGUUCGUUGUGCUAUUUGAAUUUGGUUUUUCAAGCAAAAACAUGCUGAUCUGUAACUGGCACAGAGGUUGCACCGCAAAGGAGUCUCCUUGUUUAUACUUUGGGUGAGAGGGUUACAUUGGCUUUCAAACUUUUGUGUUCUCUGCUGGAGGUGACUAAAAGUUAUUUCAUACAACUGUAAUUUAAUCUCCAUCUGCAGACUAUAUAAUUUCAUUAUUUCAAUCAAAUGUGUGGAGUCUAAUUAUUCUGGUUUGGGAAAAGAUCAAAUAACCUUUCUUUGUUGUUGUUUUCUUUGGUUUUGACUACAACACUGUACUGCUGUAUAUUCCUUAGUCUCGUGUUAAAAGUAUAUUGGCCUUUGAUGUGAACUCCUGAAGGCAAAUAUAAUCUCAUGUACUAGAGAUUAAAACUAAAAACAACUUUCUUGAAUUUUAAGGUUUCUUGUCUGUGCAACUGAACUUGCUUGAUAAUUAACUUAAAUGACUACACACAACAGUACUGUGAAAUUGUUCAAUGAGAUUUUCUGUUACUAGUUGGCAGUAUUGUUUAGCAAAACCUUUUUUCCUCUUUCUUCCAACAUAUAUGUAAAACAUUUUAAAAUCUUGCCAUUAUAUAUCUGGAGACUCAUUUCUUCUGUAAUAUUCUUGUAUUAAAUUCUACCAG